AAUGAAUGGAGUAGGCGGGCUGUUUUGAAGACAGCUUAACCAAUAAUCAUGGCGGACACCGUUCGAUCAGAAACGUCUAGCCAAUCCGAUGUCAAAUGUGGUCUGUUUUAAUUGUAACGAUUAGGCAACCAUGACAACCAAUAAGAAAACGCUAUUCAGAGCGCCGCUUUCAUAUUGACCAAUCACGUCUGAAGAAAACGUCCGUCCAAUGGAAUUUGACGUAUCAAGGAUCCAAUCGCAAUGUCAAGAAUGCUGCUACCGCGGUUAGAGGAGCCAAUCGGAUUUCGAGAAACACAACCUUGGCUCAACAGCUUGUUAUUUCGUUUAUGCUUUGCAACCCAGGCGAGUCGUGAGCGGACAUACAGGAGUAUCCUUCCAAACCAAGCUGGACUCCACCAAAUAGCCAUCACAAUGAAGGUAGCAGAUGAGCCUGCCUACCUGACUGUGGGAACUGAUGUUAGUGCUAAAUACAGAGGUGCCUUCUGUGAGGCAAAAAUCAAGACUGUUAAACGGAUCGUGAAAGUUAAGGUGAUGCUCAAAGGAGAGAGUACCUCACAAGUUGUGCAAGAUGACCAGGUCAAAGGACCUUUGAGGGUCGGUUCCACAGUAGAAGUGAAGAGUGCAGAAGGCGUGUUUAGUGAAGCUGUCAUCAAUAAACUUACAGAUGCUAGCUGGUACACCGUGGUGUUUGAUGAUGGAGAUGAGAAAACACUCAGAAGAACAUCACUGUGUCUUAAGGGUGAAAGACAUUUUGCAGAGAGUGAGACAUUGGACCAACUGCCUCUGACUAACCCAGAGCACUUUGGCACUCCUGUCAUUGGAAAGAAGACUAAUCGAGGACGACGGUCUUCUCAAGCUGUUGUGGAGGAUGAGAAGGAGUCUUCAUCCAGCGAGGAGGAAGAAGACGACAGAAGACGACUCAGUGAUGAUCUCUUGGGGAAGGUGGUUUUCAUUCAGACUGGGCCAGAUCAAGCGUGCUGGUUCCAUGCCCUGGUGAUCUCACCAAGCUGCAACGAUGACUUGACUGUCAAAAAGGACCAGUGCUUAGUCAGGUCAUUUGCUGAUUCCAAAUUUCACAUUGUGGGCCGCAAUGAAACUCAAGAAUUGUGUCUGGACACCUUGUGCAAAUCGGAGCACUCGGACAAAAACGGAUUUGAGGAUGCACUGCUCUUCCUCCAGACCAAGCAUAUUCCUGAUGCCUGGAAAAUGGAUAUGAGUGAGAUCCUAGAAUCCUCCAGCAGUGAUGAGGGUGAAAGCAAGGAAAGUGAGGAAGAAGAGAAGGAACCAGAGCCAGAAGAGCCUGACGAUGAGCCAGACCCAGAAGAGCGGGACUACUUCCUACAACAGCUUUAUAAGUUUAUGGAAGACAGAGGCACACCAAUUAACAAACCUCCUGUGCUGGGCUACAAGGACCUGAACCUCUUCAAGCUUUUCAGGCUGGUUUAUCAGCAUGGUGGCUGUGACAAUAUUGAGAGUGGAUCUAUAUGGAAACAGGUCUACAUGGAUUUGGGCAUCCCUGUCCUGAAUUCAGCAGCUUCAUAUAACGUGAAGACAGCUUAUAAAAAGUACCUGUAUGGAUUUGAAGAGUACGUUCGAUCAGCUCAGAUCCAGUUCAGGACGGUGCACCAUAACGAGCCUCGGCCAGUCAUUCAGUUAGCUGUGAAGAGUGUCGAGCAGGAAAAGGAGGUUGAGAGCGAAGAACAGAUCGAUCCGAUCCAGGAGGCUAAAGCUAAGCUCGAAGGAAACAAAGAUAAACCUGAUGGCGAUGAGUCAGAUGGUGAGGAUGAGAAAAUCCGCAAAGACCUCUGCUCUCCUAGGGGCCGACGGCGCUGUACAGUGCCUCCGAUGAAAAUGGAAGGAAAAGAGCCAGUCAAACAGGAAAAGGUGAAGGAAGAGAAGAAGCGUGAAGAAGUGCGAGGAGGAGGAGAAGGCAGUGGAGAAGAACAGAAGGAAAAGAGAGAGGGAGACCUUUUGGGUAAGCGGCGCAGUCGGCGCUUAGAGGAGUCCGACAAAGACUCUGAUGAAGAGGAUCAGGAGGAAGACGAUGAGGAGGAUGAGGAUGAUGAUGAUGACAGACACAGACUCAGAGAAAGAGAUGAGAGGGAGCAUGAUGGCGGUGAUGAAGAGUCUGAGUGCUCGGUUACUGGGACAAAAGUCAAGGUCAAAUAUGGCAAGGGAAAGACCCAGAAAAUCUAUGAAGCUAAUAUUAAGAACACAGAGACUGACGAUGGUGAAGUCCUCUAUCUGGUCCAUUACUAUGGGUGGAAUGUUAGAUAUGAUGAAUGGGUUAAAGCAGAUAGGAUAAUAUGGCCUGUCGACAAAGGAGGAACAAAGAGAAGACAGAAAAAAAAAGUGAAGAAUAAAGAUGAGGGGGAGAAGGAGGAGGACAAGCAGCCCAAACCAGUGGCAAAACGUGGCCGUCCUCCACUUAAGUCCACACCUCCAAGCACUUCUCGAAGUGUAUCCAAAACUCCUAACAGCGAGGGCAGAUCUGGCAUUAAAUCAUCCCGGCUCUCGGAUCCUUCCACUCUUCCCAAUGGAGAGGGAACCCCUCGUCGGCGCACUAGGACGACCUCGGGGAUGUAUGAUUCUGACAAGGCAUCUAAUGAUUCGGGAAACUCAUCAGAAGAGAGUGAGGAUGAGGACACUCUUGAGAAGAAGCCUGAAUGGGCAGAAACUACUGAUCCUGCUACAGCACGAAAGCAGGAGGAAGAGGAAGAGAAGGAAAAGGAAAUGCUGGAGGAGAAAAGAAGGCUGGAAGCUGCCGAAACAGCGUGUUCCACCAUCCCUCAGGAGAAACCACAGCUGCUGGAGGAAAGUGAGAUGGAUCCUGAAGAAGAAAUGGCAAUGUCGCCAGAGUCUGGUGAUAAAUCUCCCAAAUCAAGAGCAAAAAGAGUUCGCCAGAGAGAAUCUGGGUCUGAGCCUCUGACACAGCUGCCUGCUACAACAAACCAUGCUGAGCCCGAGGGGCCUGGCACUCUUUCUCGCCACCCUAAGAAGCCUCAGGAUAGCGAGCACAUCAUCCCUGUAGAGCAAGUGCCUCAAACAGCUGGUUCUGACACAGAUUCGGCCACUGAAGACAUCGGUCCUCCCGAGAGGAGCUGCGCAGCCAAGCGCAAAGCCACAGAGCAUUGGUCUCCAGACAAGAAGAUUCGCCUCGAGCACAAAGAGGAACCCAAAACUCUUUCUUCACCAGAGAAGAAAUCAGACACUGAAAGAACAUUCGAUGAUGUUCAGGAAACGGAAGAACCCCUUGUACCAUCAGUUCCAGCAAUUCUAGCUCCUCCUGAAGAACUAGAGGUUAAAACAGAAAUGCCUGCUCUUACCAAAGAAGUCCAGAUAAGAGUAGAACCACUUGUAAGCCUGUGCACAAUGAAGGAGGACUCUUCAGCCAUCACUGAGGAGGAGAUGAUGCCUCAGAUAGGCCCAGAGGCACUGGUGUGUCAUGAGGUAGACCUAGAUGACCCCGAAGAGAAGGAGAAGCCAUCAGGAGAGGAGUUACUGGUGCUGAGGGAGGAGAAGACUCACGUUCCCACGUCAGCUGUGGUUCAGGUGCCACCCCAACAGCCCGCCUUUCAUCUCCCUUCCAGCCUAACAGCAGCAGCACCUCCUCAGCUGUCGUCUCCAUCCUCUGCCCCCAGUCCAGACGAGUCUCACAGCACCAAAAGUGAGAGCGAUGCCACCAUCGAAGCAGACAGCAUGGCUGAGUCACAUGAGGGGCUCGGGGAAAACUUUGACGCCAGUGCAAGCUCCAGCAACUCCAGCAUUUCUCUGCAGGAGAGGGAUACUAAGGACAAAGGUCAGAAAAGAUUGCACGACUGCAGCAGUGGCUCAUCUACUAAGAAGCAAAAACGUAACCAGAAACGGUUAGGAACUGCUUCUGGUGCAGAAAAGAAUGGAGCAGGUCAUAGCAGUGACAGUGAAGACCUGUCUGCCUUGGACACCUCUAAUAAACUGACUCCAGUAAAACACUCUAACCUGGCCAAAGCUCAUAAGCUGUCUCGCUCUCCUGGCCACGCGUCUCCCAGCAGCAAAGACAUGGAAAAAGACAAGCACAAAGACAAGCAGUCCUUCCCCUCUCCACGCACAUACAAAUGGACUUUCCAGCUGAAUGAGCUAGACAACAUGUCAAGUACUGAGAGAAUUUCUUUCCUACAAGACAAACUUCAGGAAAUUCGAAAAUACUACAUGUCCUUGAAAUCUGAGGUCGCCUCCAUCGACAGGAGGCGGAAAAGAUUAAAAAAGAAGGAGAGAGAAGUGUCCCACACCACAGCAUCUACAUCCUCUGGCUCAUCAGACACCGGCAUGAGUCCCUCCUCAGCUUCGCCCACUCAGAACACUGUAGCUGUGGAGUGCAGGUGAUAAGAUACCACACUUUUUUUGUUUUUUUUUUUU